CGUAAACUUGCUAAGCAAACAGUUGACAAACUAGCUCAAAAAAAUAUAAAUUGGAAAACAUGUUGCCUUUUAUCUUCGCCUUAGUUGUCUUAUUCAACCCUAUUAUGGGUGGAAAGUAUACAAUCACUGAUGAAGCUUGGUUUGACGUUGAAGUUAAAGAUAUGGAUGGUCCAGGACAAGAUUUUAGAGGACGUUUUGUUGUCGGUCUAUUCGGUGAAACAGCUCCAAUGACAGUUAUGAAUUAUGUUGCCAUUACCAGAGGUUAUAAGAGAGGAAGAGAAGUUCUACACUACAAAAACACACCCAUCCAUAGAAUCGUACCAGAUUUCGUUAUUCAAAUGGGAGAUAUUACAGUUGGAGAUGGCACCGGCGGUAAAUCUAUCUUUGGUGAAAGAUUCAAUGACGAAGAAUUCGCUCUCUCUCAUCGUUCUCCUGGUUGGGUUGCUAUGGCAAAUCACGGCAAAGACACUAACGGCUCACAAUUUUACAUUCUCCUCACCAAGGCCAGAUGGCUCGACAAAAAACACGUUGUCUUCGGAAAAGUCAUCAGAGGAAUGGAUGUCGUCAAAACUUUGGGAGAAGUUAGAGCCGAUCCAAAUACCGCUGUUCCAAGAAAGAGAGUUAAAAUCAUCGAUUGUGGAUUGAACGAUUUGCCGAAAAAGUACGAUCUUUCUGAAGAUGAUUUGGAUUCAGAGAAAGAUUUGUAG